AUGUCGGAAUCGAAAGAAACAUCAUCUAGUCAAGACUUCUCGGACAAGGAGGUAAACCCGAAUCCUUCAUCCUUAGCGCCAGCAAGCGAAGCCCCUAAUGGGGGAGUUAAAGCAUGGUUACAGGUUCUGGGCUCUUUCUUUCUCUUUCUUAAUACCUGGGGCGUCAUCAAUUCCUUCGGAGUCUUUCAAUCUUACUACCAGAAAGAACUCAUCCCGAAUAGCUCCAGUUCUAAUAUCUCAUGGAUUGGAUCUGUCCAGGCAUGCCUGCUACUGAUCAUUGGCGUGUUCACUGGUCCAUUGUUUGAUGCCGGCUACUUCUACGUUUUGCUUUCAUUAGGGUCUUUUUUGGUGGUUUUUGGCAUGUUCAUGACAAGCCUUUGUACUGAAUAUUGGCAAUUGAUACUAGCCCAAGGAAUAGCUGUUGGACUUGGGAGCGGCUGUUUAUUUAUUCCCAGUGUUGCAAUUGUAUCGACAUACUUCACCACGAAGCGGUCCUUUGCCACUGGUCUUGCCGCCUCUGGAAGCAGUCUUGGUGGUAUUAUUUAUCCCAUUAUAUUUGUUCGUCUGCAGCCACAAAUUGGCUUUGGCUGGUCAACUCGGGUGAUAGCAUUCAUCAUGCUCGGCAUGAUGCUAAUCUGUCUAGCAGUGAUGCGCGUCCGAGUACUUCCUCCCCAAAAACGUCGACUUUUGGAGCCUCGAGCCUUUCUCGAAGUGCCCUUCACCAUGUUCACCAUCACUGAAUUCUUCGGAUUUAUGGGGCUUUAUAUUCCGUUCUUCUACUGCAUUACCUACGCCUCUGAGAAAACGAAGGCGUCUGAAAAUCUAGCAUUCUAUAUGCUUCCUAUCAUUAAUGCUGGGUCCGUCUUUGGGCGUAUCAUUCCCAACUUCCUAGCAGAUAAGACCGGGCCGUUAAACAUUCUUAUACCCUGUUCUCUCAUUUCUGCUCUUUUGGCUUACUGUUGGAUCGCCAUCGAAAGCUUUGGAGGGUUUAUUGUCUUUGCAAUUCUUUACGGGUUCUUUUCCGGCACAUUUGUGUCGUUGCCGCCCACAACGGUGGUCAGUCUUUCUCCGAGUCUUGGUUUAGUUGGCACUCGGAUGGGUAUGAGCUUUACUUUUGCAGGUUUGGGCCUGCUGAUUGGAACGCCGGUGGCUGGUGCAAUCCUACACUCAUAUGGGUGGCUCGGUACCCAAUUAUUCUGCGCCUGCUCUGUUGCUAUAGCAGGGGUUUGCUGCAUUAUUGCGCGCUUUAGUAGAGAAUCAUCACUGAUCGCUCAAGCUUAG